UAGAGAAAUGAACUGGCAAAUAACCAAAGUUUAAACCAGGAUUGGAAAAAACACGUACAGUACCAGAUUGAGGCGUGGAGUUUCAAAUUACGCACUUUUACGGCUGCGACUGUCACUGUGCAACAUGUCAAAUCGGGGCUCAAAGAAUGAGCCUUAGUGAAAAUUACAAAGUGUUUAUGUGUAUAUUUAUUAUUAUUAAUAAUAUUAAUAUUGUUCUUUGGAGCUUUUAAAUUGUUUACGGCUUAAGUAAUGGCAGACGUCAGGACGUACAAUGUUGUAAUUUUAGGAGUUGGCUUUAUGCUUAUUUUCACCGCAUUUACAACGUGUGGAAAUAUCGAGCAAACCGUGAUAAAAAGCUUGCAUAACACCACAUUCAGGGGAAGUGGCUACCACAGUCUUGGUAUUAUAUAUGGAGUUUUCUCAUUCUCCAAUUUGUUUGCUCCGGUCAUUGUGACAAUUCUGGGACCGCGGGUCACCAUGUUUCUCAGUGGGUUACUUUAUAGUUGUUACUCCGCACUCUUCAUCCUUCCAGAGACGUGGUCUUUUUACCUCGUGUCCAUUCUGAUUGGCUUAGGAGCUUCCAUGCUGUGGACCGCUCAGGGAACCUUUCUGGUGCAGAACUCUGAUGUUGCCACCAUCAACAAGCACACCGGGGUCUUUUGGGGGCUUCUACAGUGCAGCAUGUUAUUUGGCAAUAUGUACAUCUACUUUGACUGGAGAGGAAAAACAGAAAUCACAGACAGUAACAGAAAGACUAUGUUUGUGGUUCUGUUGGGGAUCUCUGUUCUGGGAACCCUGACCUUUAUUGUCUUGAGGAAGACUGGACUACAAGAGGAGGUCCUAUCUGAAGAGGAAGGAGAAUCUCUACUCUCAGCCCGCAUCAUAUACAAACAAAAAACUACCAUAGCAGUGAGGGAGACCAAGUCAGAGCUAAGUUCAGUUUUGCAGCUGUUUCGUUCGAAAGCUAUACUCCUCUUAAGUUGCUCUAUGGCCUACAGUGGCCUGGAACUGUCUUUUUACAGUGGUGUCUAUGGAACAUGCAUCGGGGCCACAGGGCAUUUUGGAAAUGAUGCCAAAAGUCUCAUCGGCCUUUCUGGGAUUGUGGUGGGACUUGGAGAGAUUAUUGGUGGAGGUUUGUUUGGGCUCCUGUGCAAGAACAAUCGCUUCAGACGUACCUCAGUGGUCUUCCUGGGCAUGGUGGUGCACUUUGUUGCCUUCUAUUUGAUCUUCCUGAACAUCCCGAAUGACGCCCCUGUGGUGUUUGAGACGAGCACGCAGCUGGAGCCCUACCUGUCUCCCAGCGUGUCCAUAGCCCUGCUGUGCAGCUUCCUGCUUGGUCUCGGAGACAGCUGCUUCAACACGCAGCUAUACAGCAUCCUGGGCUGCGUGUUCGCUGAGCAGAGUGCGCCGGCCUUCACCAUCUUCAAAUUCAUCCAGUCCGUCUCGGCGGCACUGGCUUUCUUCUGCAGUGGCUACCUGCUGCUGUCCUGGCAGCUGCUCAUCAUGGGCUUGUUUGGCUUCAUCGGGACCCUCUGCUUCUUCGUGGCAGAGAAGACACAGGUCGCACCUACGGACCCCACGCAGUACUGACUUGCCUCGAUGGCCUCGAACCAACCCUGCUCAUCAAUUCAGCUUCUGCCCAAUUCAGAGCGACACACUAGUAAUUUAAAUUUUAGCAGGUGGUACAUUUCAUUCACAAAGAACGCUUUAAACAUUUUUGUAUUAUAAUUCCAACCUCAUGUGUUUUUCCUCAGGGUUAUUGUUUAUAAGUAAUUGUUUAUGAUAAUAUUGACCCAUUGUAUGCAGAUUUAGCUGAAUGUCCAUCAGUGUUAUAGAAUAUUAGGUGGGCAACAGAAGAACUGAACUUGAAUCACUGUCUGUUCAUCUUGUGUAAUAAUUGUUAGUUGGACAAUAGGCUGUUGAUAUUUAACUUUAUUUGUACAGUGAGGAAAAAUGACAAUAAGCUAGUGGAAUGAGAAAGUCAGGUAUGGCUCUGCGUGCUAUUCAGGGUUACCCCUGGUGUGCCCUGCCGGGGAUCCGCUCCAGGUCCCUCCUGUCCAGGAUGAGUAAUUGGAUGAUAUAUGGAGGGAUUCUUUGGCUUCAUUUAGGAUGACAGAUAAUCUAAUAAUGGUCUUGCCUAGUUGUUAAAAUAAUUUUAAAAUAACACGUUAAUGCUGGCAAAUAUAUCUAUCAAGCUGUGUAUUAAUAUUUCCAUGAUAUAGUCUGAUUCCCAGCUUAUGUUAUAUUGAUCCUAAUAUUUAUAACCAUAUUUUGGUAGAAGGCAUGUUUUUAUAUUUAUUUCAGAAUAAAUAUUGUCUACCUUUGUUUAUUUCUUUGAAUAAACUAAAGUGUUCCUUUCAUUUCAAUAUGGAGCUCACCUAUGUAUUUACACUCUUGUGCAGAUGUCCUUUGUGUUAUAAAUGUAUUGGAUCAAAACAUUACACAUUCACUGCAGGGAGAGCGAAUCAGUACAGAGCUCAUUCCGGAAUCUUACCCCAGCUUCACACUGGUUUCUUUACCGGUGAAAUCUGCCUCCUGUAUCCCAUAUCUAGUUCUCUUAAGGUGAAUCUAUACAUGCUUUCCCCCAAACCUCUGUUACGCACUGCUCCAGUAUCAAAAACAUUUUACUGUCUUUUCACUGCCUUUGCCAGAUGGUCAGUCCACAGUCCUCAUUUGAGCCCUGGUUUUUAGACAGUAAUAUAACAUAACAUGGCCACAAGGUGGCAGUAUAAAUUUAAACAUUUGUUGUAUGGCUCCUACUAAAAACAUUUCAUACAAUGCAACUGUAUGAUUGAUUGUAAACAAUGUUUCACCAUUGUUUACAAAGUACUAUAGUACUAGAAACAUGGCUCCACAUAGCAGAGCCCAGUAAGUGCGCUGAGCAUGCUGGGAAUAUUGUAAAUCUUGUGUUGUCUUUCCUAUUGUUGCGGUGUCUUUGCCCUUGAUACUUGUGAACCCUGUCCUUUAGCUUUUGUGUAAAUUACCCACUGUGGGCGCCUUAUUGUUUGACAUCCAACCUCCUUGUUUUUCCCUGUUAUGUGUUGUCCGGUGGUUGUUUAGUACCUGUGUUAGUCCUUUUAAGGGCUUAAUAAAAGGGCAUCAUUUUACCCUUUAA